AUGGAUGAGGGCACCAAUGAUUGGGCUGCGGGGAAGGUACGCCCUCAUGACCAAGGUUUAAAAUUGGAGGUCCGGAACCAGGAAUUAGCUCAGGAGGAUACGGUCCCAGACAGGUGCUGCAUGUGGACGACAGGUGUCAUUCCACGUGUCAAUCGUAAAGUGUAUUUACAUGACGCGCCACCAGCACCUGUGUCCUAUGGUCCUCCGCCUUAUAUCCCUGAGCCAACCAUAGAUACAAAUAUCGUGUUCAUCCGAACUCCUGAAAGAGGACAAGGACCAGAUCCCAUCGUCGUGCCUCCGCCACAACAGAAACACGUCGUGUAUGUCCUCAACAAACAGACGGAGCAAGGACAGGAUGUGAUUGAAGUACCAGCACCACCAGCAAGUAGUCCUGAAGUGUAUUUCGUGAACUACGCAGACGGCGAGAACCCAGUUCUUCCCAGCGGUGUUGAUCUCCAGAGUGCAUUGAACGCAGCUUCCCAGGGCAGCAGAGGUUUUGGCAGCGGAAUUAGCGGUAGUUUCGGAGAUGGUGUUAUUAGCGGAGAUUUUAUCACUAGAAAAUGA